UGUUAAGCUGAGGAUUAGUUCAGGCAAAAUUCUCGAUUUUGCUUGCGUUCUUUCCCCUGUGGGUUAUGUAAACAGUAAUUCUCCCCAGAUGGAACUAUUUUCCUCGCUUAGAAGCAGCCGGGGAGGGGGCUUGGGCAGGGCUGGAGGUGGAAUGCUGGGGUUCCUCAGGGAGCCUGGCCUGGAGGGUGGAGGCUGACCAUGAGGGCGGCUGGAGGCCCUCAGCCCGGCCACUCCUCUCCUCUGCAGGUACUGCCUCCGCUGGGACCAUGCCUGUGACCUUUGCCCUCUUGCUCUUCCUGAGCCAGGCCACCGCGGACCCAUGCUACCAUCCGGGGGGCCAGCCCCGCUUCUGCCUCCCGCCAGUGACCCAGCUGGCUGGCAUGGCGGCCUCCUGUCCCCAGGCCUGUGCCCUCUCCCCGGGGGCAGACCCUGGCCCCCGGGCCACCUGUAAUGGCAGCCUGACCCUGGCCCUGGGUGGCCCCUUCCUCCUGACAUCUAUCAGCUUGCGCUUCUGCACCCCAGGACCCCCAGCUCUGGUCCUCUCUGCCUCCUGGGCCACGGGAGGUCCCUGGAGAUCGCUGUGGCGCAGACCCGCCUGGCCUGGGGCCUUGGGGGGCCCUGAGAAGGUGACCUUCCGUGCCCCACCGGGCCCUAAGUCCAGUGUAGUGGCCAGUCACCUCCGCAUGGAGUUCGGGGGCCGGGCAGGGCUGGCGGCAGCUGGAGUGAGAGGCCGCUGCCAGUGCCAUGGCCACGCAGCCCGCUGUGCCGCCCGCGCCAGGCCCCCCCGCUGCCGCUGCCGCCACCACACCACCGGGCCGGGUUGCGAGAGCUGCCGCCCAUCCCACCGCGACUGGCCCUGGCGGCCCGCCACGCCCUGGCACCCCCACCCUUGCCUGCCCUGCUCCUGCAACCAGCACGCCCGACGGUGCAGGUUCAACUCUGAGCUGUUCAGGCUGUCGGGGGGCCGGAGCGGGGGUGUUUGCGAGCGGUGCCGCCACCACACAGCGGGGCGGCACUGCCACUACUGCCAGCCGGGGUUCUGGAGGGAUCCCAGCCAGCCCAUCACCAGCCGCAAGGCCUGCAGGGCCUGCCAGUGCCACCCUAUUGGCGCAACAGGUGGCACCUGCAACCAGACCAGCGGGCAGUGCUCCUGCAAAUUAGGGGUCACCGGCCUGACGUGCAACCGCUGUGGUCCUGGCUACCAGCAGAGCCGCUCCCCCAGGAUGCCCUGCCAGCGAAUCCCAGAGGCAACUACCACCCUUUCUACGACCCCUGGUGCUUAUAGCUCUGACCCUCAGUGUCAAAACUACUGCAAUAUCUCGGACACCAGGGUACACAUGAACCUUCGGAGGUACUGCCAGCAGGACUACGUUCUCCGCGCGCAGGUGCUGGCGUCCGACGGGGCGGGCCCGGCGUGGCGGCGGCUGGCGGUGCGCGUGCUGGCCGUGUACAAGCAGCGGGCGCGGCCCGUGCGCAGCGGCGACCAGGACGCCUGGGUGCCCGGCGCCGACCUGACUUGCGGCUGCCUGCGCCUGCGGCCCGGCGUCGACUACCUGCUGCUGGGCAGCGCGGCAGGCGGCCCCGACCCCGCGCGCCUCGUCCUCGACCGCCACGGCCUCGCGCUGCCGUGGAGGCCGCGCUGGGCCCGGCCGCUGCGGCGGCUGCAGCAAGAGGAGCACGCCGGGGGCUGUCGCGGCCUCCGACCUCCGACCCCGAGCCCCGGGCCCGAGCACUAGCGCCCCAAGUGGGCGGCCUCGAGCCCCAACAAGGAACUUGGCAGCGACGGUGAGGGAAGCCUUCCGCCUCGACGGUGCGUCCCUUAGCGAGCCAAUCAGACGCCGCGGAGCCCGUGACGUCACUGCGCGCGCGCCAGCGCCGUGCAGGCACGAGGGUCGCUUAACCCGAGGGGCAAACUGCGAGCAGGGCCUUUGGUCUGUGCUUGGGCCGUUUGGCCUGUGACCUAUGCAGCUGGUCCCCUCAAUAAAGUCUUAAAUCUUGGAGAAUUUCGUCUACAAACCCUCUGCUCUGUGCUGAGAGGGUCUCUGAGGAGCAGAUAAAGAAGGCCCCGAGUAAAUCUAGGGAGCCAAAAUAUGCCUACGCUCCGUGCCAGAACAGCCAAUCCAAUGAAAGAGCUGGUCUGACGUCACUGGGUUCUAGUCAGAUUUGUGUUCCCCGAUGAUUGGCCAAAAGCCAGUGGGAGGGGAGGGUGGCUAGAAAAGGCGGGAAAUACGUCCAAGGAAAGGAAAGAGGUGCCAGAUUUCCAGAAAGUUCCGCAUUGAGGAACUUUCUGUUCCUGAUGGGCUCCAGGAUGUUCUCUGAGAAAGGAAUAAAGGGACUUUGAGGGAAUAUCUGAAGAGGGUUCUGACAGGUUUAUCUGGUCUUGAAGCGCCCCCUAAAGCCUUUGCUGAGAGAACAGCCA